GCCUGCAUCCGGAUGUGACGAGAUUGUUACUGCAUUAUGCUCAGUGGGGAAUAUUUGAAGCCACACAAUAUUGCGGAGGAUUACGGAACCAUGGACAGGAUGUGUUGACAUGGUCGUCUUCAUUGGAUUCAAGCUUCCCUGUCCUGCUCUGGAUACAAUGAUGCAGCACUGAAUGGACGUCUCGUGCCACCAGCAGAGUGACAGCAUCCAAGAAACACCCACCAACAAUCUGGAGAGUUAUCUGAGGGUUGAGAAAGACAUACAAGAGACAGCAAGAAAGUAAAAUGAGGAAAGAAAAUAAUUCUGAGUUAUAGAGCUGGAGUGAAAGAAGACAGGAGGAUAAAGAGAGAAGGGUUGAGUUGUGGAGCUGCCUGGGUGCUGCAGUGUGGAGGUUGGAGGUCAUGGUGGGGCGGGGCCUGUGGGUGUGUAAGCCCCGCUUUGGUAAGCGGGGGCGGUUCGGGGUGGUGCCUGCUCUCUGUGUGCUGAUAGUCAGUGCUGCCCUGCUAGCUCUGCUCUUCGUGGACUCCAUUGAGUCAUGGGCCACCUCCAUGAACAUGAACACAAUGGUAGAGGCGCAGGGGGGGAUCAUACCCCCACAAAGUGUCCCCCCAACCAGACCCGAGGAGUACCUCCUUAUGCCCAGCCCUCUCGUCUGCCAGCGUGCCAAACCCUACCUCAUCGCCAUGGUGACCUCCGCCCCAGCCAAUCAGAUGGCCCGCCAGGCCAUCCGGGACACGUGGGGUGGGGAGGUGGAGGUCAGGGGUCAUAGGGUCAUGACCUUGUUCAUGGUCGGGGUGGCUUCUGACCCCGGGCUAGCCAAGCUGCUGAUAGAGGAGGCCCGGGAACGAGGGGACCUGAUCCAAGGGCGCUUCUGGGACUCCUACUCUAACCUGACCCUGAAGACCCUCUCCAUGCUGAACUGGGCCCGACGCUUCUGCCCCCAGGCCCACUUCCUGGCCAAGGUGGACGAUGACGUCCUGUUCAACCCCGGGGCCCUGCUGCGCUACCUGAACAGGAGCACCGUGACCAACACCUACGAGCAUGGGGACCUGUACCUUGGCCGGGUCCACCUUCACGUGGCUCCAGACCGAGACCCAGACAGUAAGCACUACCUCCCUAGAGGGGCGUACCCUGCAUCUGUCUUCCCUGACUACUGCAGUGGCACUGCCUACAUCCUCUCUCGCUCCUCCCUGCUCAAGAUCUCCUUGAUGGCCGCUUCCUCACCUCUGCCCACCCCUCUGCCACCCGAGGACGUUUUUGUGGGUCUGUGUGCCCGUGCGGCUGGAGUGCUGCCCUCCCACUGCCCGCUGUUCUCUGGUGGGCCCGCAGUGCCCUAUGGGCGCUGCUGCUACCAGGCCAUGGUGUCCAUCCACCACAUCUCCCCCAGAGAGAUGCUCCGGUUUUGGGCUGACAUCCACUCCCCUCCCCCCUGCUCCUGGCUGGGCCUACGCGCCUCUCUGGGGGUCUGUAAAGUCCGGGCCAUGCUGGGGACCUUUCUGGGGGUGGAUCAGGGGCUGUGAGGGGGGUGUUGCCCUCGUGGAUAGGAAACUAUUGUGUUUUGGGGGCUGUGCCUCUGCCAGGAUUUCAAUACUGUGAUUAGCACAAGCGCUCUAUUUCAUUGGGAAUGGUAAGGAAUCACUGUGCACUAUGAAAAUGUGCUUUUAUUUUUAUAGCUUUUUAGGAAUAUUUGAAUGUAUUUUAUGUUAUGUAAUAAUGCUGGCAUUUUGUCAAAGCUGAAGGAAUAUGAAUCAGUAGUUGAAGGGAAUUAGUGUGAAGAUAUAUUUAAGACUGUUAGAACACACACAGACACAUACUGUAGGCCAGUGUUGCCCAACUCCAGUCUUCCAGUAUCUCCAACAGUACGCAUUUUAGUUGUAGCCCCAGACAAGCACACCAGAUUUAACUUGUCAACUAAUCAUCAAGCCCUCAUUGAGUUGAAUCAGGGAGUCUGUCCGGGGCUACAACAAAAAUGUGUGCUGUUGGGGAUACUGGAGGACUGGAGUUGGGAAACACUGCUGUAGAUAUGUAAAUAUUACUAACCAGGAAACACACAACCUACAGGAUAUUUGCCAUUAAUGUAAGAAUUUAGAGUAAUGUUAUUCAUGCAUAAUGGAAUGUUUUACUAAUUAAAAUCUAAUUUUAUUUUUCACAUCCGCUUAAUACAACCGGUAUAGACCUUACAGUAAAAUGCUUACUUACAAGCCCUUAACCAACAAUGCCGUUUUAAGAAAAAUGUGUGUUAAGUAUAAAAUAGAUAAGUAAAACAUAAGA